GAAGCGGAGCUCCGCGCUGGGACUGGCUCCCUCACAGCCAUUUUCUGUCCAACCAAACAGCCGAUUGGCGAAGGGAGCCAACCAGGGCCGCAGCGGAGGUUGAAGAAGAGGGCACUCUUCUUUCCACGGGUGUUCUUGAAUCCACCGACAACAACCGCAUCUGACUACAUUUCAUGACCAUGGAUGGUGACAGUUCUACAACAGAUGCUUCUCAACUGGGAAUUUCGGCAGAUUACAUUGGAGGAAGCCAUUAUGUCAUACAGCCUCAUGAUGAUACUGAAGAUAGCAUGAAUGAUCAUGAAGACACAAAUGGCUCAAAAGAAAGUUUCAGAGAACAAGAUAUCUACCUUCCAAUUGCAAAUGUGGCAAGGAUAAUGAAAAAUGCAAUCCCUCAAACAGGAAAGAUUGCAAAAGAUGCCAAAGAAUGUGUUCAAGAAUGUGUGAGUGAGUUUAUCAGCUUUAUCACCUCAGAAGCCAGUGAGAGAUGCCAUCAAGAAAAACGGAAGACAAUCAAUGGGGAAGAUAUUCUUUUUGCCAUGUCUACCUUGGGCUUCGACAGUUAUGUAGAACCUCUAAAAUUAUACCUUCAGAAAUUCAGAGAAGCUAUGAAGGGGGAGAAGGGAAUUGGUGGAGCAGUCACAGCUACAGAUGGACUAAGUGAAGAACUAACAGAGGAGGCAUUUACUAAUCAGUUACCAGCUGGUUUAAUAACUGCAGAUGGUCAACAACAAAAUGUUAUGGUUUACACAACAUCUUACCAACAGAUUUCUGGUGUUCAGCAAAUUCAGUUUUCAUGAUCUGAAGAAAUGACAGGAUGAGGAGUGUAGAAAGUGAGACUCUGUCCAGUUCUG